AUUCACUGACAGCAGCAUGGCGACUGACAAGAAGGCCCCCCUGGGCUCCAUCGAGAACCCGAUUAAGUUUAAAGAUCAGGACUUCAAAACUCUCCUGGAAGAGUGUCUGAAGUCCGGGAAGCUGUUUGCUGAUUUAGCCUUUCCAGCAGAGCAGAAGUCCAUCGGUUUUCCGGAUGAUCCGGACCCAAAAAAGGCGAUCAAGUGGCAGCGACCCAAGGAGAUCAGUAAGAACGCUGUGUUUGUGGAGGGCACGACUGGGACCACUGACAUCUGCCAGGGCCAACUGGGUAACUGUUGGCUGCUGGCGGCGCUCUCCUGUCUGACCGUGCACCCCACGCUCUUCGUGAAGGUGGUGCCACCCGACCAAACCCUGUCCAAACCUUAUGCAGGGAUCUUCUAUUUCAGGUUCUGGCAGUAUGGUGAGUGGGUGGAGGUGGUUGUGGAUGACAGGCUGCCAGUACGCGAAGGCCGUCUGCUCUUCAGCUACUCUCACACCCGCAACGAGUACUGGAGCGCCCUGGUGGAGAAGGCCUAUGCCAAGUUGAUUGGAUGCUACGGAAGCCUGAAGGGGGGCAACAUAUCCGAGGGGAUGGAGGAUUUCACAGGAGGCAUCGCACGCUCUCUGCACGUCUCCUCUCGUACCCCUCGAGUCCUCUGGAGGUCUCUGACAGCUUCCCUGUCUCGAGGCAGCCUGCUCAGCUCCUUCAUCCAGGCCAGCAGCUCCAGUGAGGUUGGUAAAGUGACGGGAGACGGACUGAUAAAGGGCCAUGCUUACGCCAUCACAGACACCGACAAGGUGACGAAAGCGUCAGAGGAGGUUUUGUUGCUGAGACUGAGGAACCCCUGGGGUUUUGUCGAAUAUUGUGGACCAUGGAGUGACAAGGGUAAAGAGUGGGAGGACGUGGACAAAGCAGAGAAGGAAAGGAUCGAGUUGAUAAACCAAGAAGAUGGAGAGUUCUGGAUCAGCGCUGAGGACUUCUCCAAACUGUUUGACAUUGUGGAGCUUUGCAGUGUGAAUCCUGACACUUAUGAGGUGACUGACUCUCAGUCCACCUGGACCAUCAGUGAACAUGCAGGAUUCUGGGUAUCGGGGAGCUCUGCUGGUGGAAGCCGUAGUUACAACAAGUCAUUCUGGAAGAAUCCUCAGUUCCAGCUGGUUCUCACAAAGCAGGACCAGUCGGUUGAUGAGGAUGAGGAAAGUAAUGUCGAUUAUGAUGAUGACGAUAAUGAGGCGAUGACUUCUGAGGAGAAGAAGAGAGAGAAGGAGAAAGCCAAACAGUGCACCGUGCUGGUGGAGCUGCUGCAGAAAAACCGCAGGCAGAAGGAUAAAAUCCACUUCCUCUACAUAGCUUUCCACAUCUACAAGGUUCCUUCUAAGCUCCAGGGUGUGUGUCUGAGCCGCAGCUUCUUCAUGAAGAAUCGCCCUGUGGGUCGCUCUGGGAAAUAUAUGGCCCAGAGGGGUGUGUGGAGGAAGCUGCAUCUGUACCCGGGUAACUACAUCAUCGUGGCGUCCACCUAUAGACCCAACCAGACCGGAGAGUUCUUUGUUCGCAUUUUCUCCAAGACUGGAAACACUCUGGGGACUGAGGACUUUACCUGCUCCUCCGGCUACCUCCCGGUUAUGGCAGCUCCCAUCUCCCCGGAGGAUCACGUGAGAGUUCAGAAGACUUUUGAUGAGGAGGCUGGCCCAGAUGACAGACUGAAUGCCAAGGAGCUCAUGACGCUGUUCAAUUCAGCUCUUGUCAAAGAUUACCAUCUGCCACUGGAGACAUGCAGGCAGCUCAUCUUUGGAGAGGAUACUAAAGGGCUCUCCGGUCUCAGCCGUAAACAAACAGAAACCCUGCUGUCCAGUCUGCGCAAUCUGCAGUCCAUCUUUGUGCAGUUUGACGAGGACUCUUCUGGGACCAUGAGCCCCUUUGAGCUCAGUACAGCGCUGCAAGCUGUUGGUAUGCAGUGUGAUAACAAGGUAAUUCAACUGCUGUCUGUGCGGUUUGCAUCUGGAGAUCUUCACAUGCCCUUUCAUGGCUUCGUGUCAUGUGUCACCAGGCUGCGCAAACUCUUUGCUCUGUAUGAAUCAGAGACCAGUCAAGAGGUGAAAGACAGAGGGAUCAACUCUUGGCUGCUUCAGUUCCUGACAAUGUGAAGAGGCUUUAUGAACAGGGUCUUUCCGUUAGACCUGAGCCACAGUCUGCAGUUGAUUUCAAAACAUAGACAACAUAUAUAAGAACUGUAUUUUAAAACUUAUUACAAAGCAACAGCUUGUUGCUUCGUCUUGUACCAUUCUCAUAUUCUGGCUAUAGCCUUGAUGUUGGUUCAAGGUUCAGUUUUAUAGUCAGUUUAAUACAAGAUUGCAAAAUUAAAUGCAGUGUUUGCCCCCUCCACACAGGGUAUAAACAGAUAUUUACAUAUUUAAAUUACAAUAGGAUAAAAUGGACAAUGAACUAGAAAUUAGUGGCACUAAAAAAAUAAAUAAAAAGGAUAAAUGGGGAGUAAUGGAUUACAUAUAACUGAG